UAAUAGGUUAUGUUUGAAAAAUAGGUUGGAAAAUAGAAUAAUUCUUUGUAAAGGAUAAAUAUUAAUAAUAGUCAUGUAGUGCAAAGAACCAAUAUGCUAGGAUAUAUUUAGAGGAGUACAAAAUGGUACGGGCGAAAUAUGUGCGUUUUUCUUUCACUGGUUACUUGGUCGUACUCAUUUCUGUGAUGUUUAUUAUUACUGUAAUUUUAAGUUUUAAAUUAUUGACAAUUGAUCAGUGUAACUGUCUUGUGCCAGACAUUGUUAAAUAUGGAAUAAGGCCAACGACUAAAUUGAUUAGUUCUAAACAUAGGCUUGCAGUAUUAGUACCGUAUAGAGAACGUUUUGAAGAACUAUUGGAAUUCGUCCCUUACAUCCACAAUUUUUUAAAUAAUCAACAGAUCUCUUACAAUAUUUUUAUAUUAAACCAAGUAGAUGCAUAUAGGUUUAAUAGAGCAUCACUGAUUAACAUUGGCUUUCUACAUACCAAACAUGAUUUUGAUUAUAUUGCUAUGCAUGAUGUAGAUUUACUGCCUUUAAAUUCUAAUUUAUCGUACGCCUAUCCAAAACAACCAUUCCAUUUAGCUGCUCCAGAUUUGCAUCCAAAAUACCACUACAGUAAAUUCAUUGGAGGCAUUUUAUUGAUCAAUCGAGAACAUUUUGAAAUAGUAAACGGGCUAUCAAAUAGGUACUGGGGUUGGGGGCUAGAAGAUGAUGAAUUUUAUGUUCGUUUAAAAGACGCCCAUUUGAAUGUUACCAGGCCAGAGAAUAUUUCUACUGGAGUUAACAAUACUUUUAGGCAUAUCCAUGGGAAAGAUAGAAAAAGGGACACGACGAAGUGUUUUAAUCAGAGAGAAGUGACGAGGAAACGUGAUAGGCAAACCGGCCUUCACGAUGUCCGAUACAACAUUUUGGGCUAUAAAAACUUGGAAAUCAACGGGGCACCUGCGACUAUUAUUAAUAUACAGUUAAUUUGCAACCACACUGCCACUCCUUGGUGUGAUUGUUCUCCGCAGAAGUCAGCUAAAGUUUAGAGAUUAUUUUGUUAAAAAAAUUUAAGGCUGCUGCGAUACAUACAUAUAACUCGUAUGGAUAUGGAUAUUUAAUAGUUGAACAUAUCAGUUUACAAGGGAAACAUUUAAAUUAUCUAUUUUUCUUGGAAACAGUACAAAUCGUGUCGGUGUUAUUUAUUUAUUUUUAUUCUUUUUUUUUUUUUAUAAAAUUAGUUAUGUUUUAGUUAAGUUUGUACAUUGCUUUGUAAAUGUAUUACAAAAUUUGUGAUAUUCGAAUUCUGGAUUUCUAUACACAAAUAUUCAAAUUUUCUACAGAAAAUAUCCGUUUGAUGUUUUAAAAAAAAGAGGCAACAUGUAAAUUCUAAAUAAUAUUUGGCGCUUAUUAGUUUAGCUCUAAUUUAUGUAGUGAUUAGUUGGAUCAUGGUAACGUUUGUUUAACCAAUCAUGGUUUUCAGAGUAUAAAUGCAAGAAUGACCAUUAUGUAUAAAUAAAUUUCUGUGAUAGUUUUUUACUGCGAUUAUUUUUAAGUCUUUUAAGGUUGCUAUGAGGUGGUUAAUUCUAAUAUACAGGGUGUUUGGUAAGUCGAUGCAUGCCUUGCGGUAGGCUAUAGUACAAGUGAUUUGUGAUACAUUUCCUUAAUAUUCCGAAAACACUUCCGCAAUAUUUAUAAAUUAGCAUUUUUUUAUUAAAACUUUAUCACCCUGUAGAUCAGAAACUAAGCGUUUUCGGAAUAUGGUAUAUUUAGGAAAUAUAUCACCUCUGGAAGGAAUGCAUCGACUUAUCAAACACCCUGUAUAUUGCAUGAUUAUAUCAGGAUCUGCGGAGAUAAUUAAGUGCGGGUUAUCUUACUUUGGAGGGAUAUAUACCGUGGAGAUUUCGGUUCGUUCAAAGUAACGCAAGGUUGUGGAAUUCGAUGACGAAUAUGUCAAAAAGAGAUUUCUCAUUGAAGUUAUUAAAUUGAAGAAAUUUAUUUAUUCAAUCAAAAACAGAGAAAUCAACCUUCUAUAUUAUUCGGACACUUUUUUGUGAAUUAAAAUAUGCCGUAGUAGUGUUGUAAAAUGCUAGAGAAUUUAUUUUUGGAAGAUUUUCAUCAAAUACAAACGGUAAUAAAUAAGUGUAAACGCAAAGAAUCUGCAAAUUUAUGUUUAUGAUAUAAUGGUUUAUAAAAUUAAAACACGAAAUAUUUUACAUUUUUUGAUGAAAAUUUUCAUUAUUUUUGAACAUUCUCCAAAAAAAGGUCAUCCAGUCUAGUAGUAGUAGCACGUUAUUUAUAGACAAAAUUGUUAUAAAAUUAAUUUUUCAGAAUGAAGAUUUAAAGUUAUCAACACUAAAUCGCUUAGUUAAUUUUGCAGGUUUUAGUUUUAGGUGAUUUUUAUUAAGCAAUUUUACUAUACCUGUUAAAUCGAGUCCAAAUAAUAGCCAAGGAUCAUAAUUUUUAACCAAGUUAAGAAUUAGAUCAAUUGUUGAAAAAUACGACUAUCAAUUCACCUGUCGGCAAGUCCCUGAUUAGGAUGCAAGAAAAACCGAGGAACCUUUUAAUAUACAGGGUGUCCCGAAAUUAAUGCAAUAAAAUUUGGUCAAAUUGUGAUCCAGUGCAUAUCAUGAUUGCCAUUUUUCUUGAAAACAUUGCGUUUUACAAAAAAAUAUCAAGAAGAAAAAGUUUCUAACAUCAGUGGCUGUCUAGGGAACUAAUAAUUUUUAAGAAAUUCAAAUAUACCAUAAGGGGGCCCACGAAAAAAUUUCUUAAGGGGGGAGGGGGGGGCAAAAAGCGUAGCAUCAGAUUCCACAUUUUAAUACCCGUGUACCAAAUUUAAUGAAUCUCGUACAACAGGGUUCUGAGAUAUAAAAAAGAUAGGGAGAGGCAGAUUUCGGGGGGUUGUAACUCCAAAAGAGGAGGCCACUUGGCAAAAAUCAAAAAUACGGAUCACCUAAGAAUUUGCAACCAAAAAUUUGUUGCAUUAAUUUCCAGACACCGGGUAUAUAUAUUCUUUUAUAUUAAAUGCUUCUUCCUAAUAUACAUAUAGAGACAUGGGCGAAGUUAAGGGGGGGCUUGGGGAGGCUAAGCCCCCCCCCCCAAAUCCGAAUUAGCCCCCCCAAAAACAUUAUUACACAUACACAUCAGAACAGAAAAUAAAAAACAUACUUUUUUGACAAAAAAAAUUGUAUAAUUUAAUAACCUCAUACUCGAAAGUUAUUUUAAUCGAAGCCAAGUCGGCGUCACUGCCCAACAGAAGUCGGAAUUGAUAAAGAGGUUUUAAAGGCAGAAACGACCGUAAUAAAGAACUGUGUCAGGAAACGGGACAAAAAUAUUAGUAUAUCCGAUUUCCAUUUUUCACACAUUUCCAAAUUUUAAGGUCAACCGUGGGUCAAGACCGAUUCAGUUCUUUAGCACUUGCUAACAUUGAAAGUGACAUUUCAGAAUCCCUGAUUCUAGACGAUAUUCUGGAAGAAUUUAUUUUAAUAACUUUUAAAAUAAAAUUAUUUGGCUUUGAAAAAAAAAAUUUUUUUCAUUUACUUUUAAUAUUUAUGGAUUGGUAGAAAAAUAUGCUUACCUUACUUUGAUACAUACACAAAAAUAAAAUGAAAAAAAUAUAUACAUUUUUUCAUAUUAGGGCUUUAGCCCACCCAGAUCCGAUGACUUAACUUCGCCCAUGUGUAUAGAGACAAUUUCCAGAUAACAUAUUCAUAGGAUUAUAAGAUGUAACAUAUCCGAUUUGGUAACCUAUCCUCCGAUAUUAUUUUUUUUACGUUGCUCAUUAUUUUAAAACGUUUCUAUUUAAUGUUUCGGGAACGAAAACAUUAUUUUUUAAAAGUUAUCAAUUAAAUUGUGAUGUAUGUUGCCAUAUCCACAAAAUGUGGUAAAACGUUUAUUAUUAAAGAAAUAAAAUGCAGAA